AAAUAUCAGUCACCACUGGACUAGCAACGAUAACAGCCGCGAGUUCAGAAACAAUCUUUUAAGGUUUCCCAUCACUAUGCACUGGCAAUUGUGUGCAGCAAUCCUGCUGCUGUUGGUGUGGCAAGGAGCUCCCAACCAGAUCCAAGCAGCUAGGACAACUAACUUCGAUAUUCUGGAGUAUUGGCAACCACAUACACUGAAGCAGACGCAGAGAAAAUCGAGCAGUCAACAGAUUCUGAAUCCCGGCUAUGAGUUUAUUCAGAGCAGAAUUCCAAGCGACGGAUACAAUCGUCGUCGCCAAUUGCCCGGACAAGGCAGAGCAAGAGGAACAACCACCACAGAGCGACCCCUUAUCCGGGUGUGGAACAGUUUCUUGCGCAGUGUACAACCGAAUUUCGGUCUUCACAAUUUGACCAAUCCACUGGUGAAUCUGUUCAGCAAUGGCAAUGCGAAUAUCAUUGAAACGCUGCCCCUGCGAACAGAGCUGUACAACGAUGAACAGGCGACGGCGGAGGAGGAGGAGGAGCAGCAGCAGCAGCCAGAGCAAUCAACUGCCAGCAAACGUAAGCGUAGGCGACGUAAACAACAAAAGCGUCGUCCCGUCUUCGAAUCAGAGGAGCAAACUGAUUAUCCAUAUGAUUACUAUGGUGACAAUACGUUACCCAUGCCAUCGCUGUACUACUAUCAUCCGCAUGAUUACUAUGGCUUGCGUCGCCUACAAAAUUAUCAAGACUACGCGCAGCCGGCCAGUUACUAUCAUCCGUACUUCGUUGAGCAAAAUGCAGUUAACGAGGAGGAGACGGAUUCAGAAUAUACUUCUACAGACAACUUGGGUAAAUUGAAUACCAAGAAAAAGGUAGCAGUACUGCGACCGCUCAGCUUGGCAUUUGCAUUGCCAGCAGCUGAACAGAAUACGGCCAAUAAACACGUAGCCAGCAGUGCAGAAGCCAAUGAAAAUGAAGAUGAAGAUGAAGACGACUCUUUUUUGGUUGUCGGCAGCAAACCCGAAGUCAAUGUCGGGCGCAUAGCUAACGAAGAUCGUUCCACCGCAACACUCUCGGAGAGCGCACGUAAUGCUUUGGGCACGUACAUGCGAGACGAUAUACAGACUCGCCAGCGUCAGCGUCAUUCCGAGCAACAACUGAAGGUGGAUGGUGCAAGCGAGAAGGCGAAACCACGUCAACGUCAGCACCAGGAACAUUAUAUACUUACUGCGCGCCUGUUCAACAAUCUUUAAU